CAAAAUAAUAUCACGUGACAGAAAAUGGGCAGUCCUCCGACGGUGCUGAAAAAAAGCCAUUUUCUGGCGCUGCUGCAAACUGCGUCCAAGUGUAAGAAGAAGGUACGAGCGAAAAGGGAAGCGUCGAUGUCAAAUCAGAUCCAUCCUGAUGGACAAAAUGCAGCCCGAUGGGAUUAAAAUCACAGAUCUGAAUCUGCAUCUGACUUGUCCGCUGUGCGCUGGUUACUUAGUUGAUGCUACCACCAUAGUAGAAUGCCUCCAUUCCUUUUGUAAAACAUGCAUCGUCGCCUUCUUGGAGACAAACAAGUUCUGCCCUCGAUGUGACGUUCAGGUUCACAAGACGUGUCCACAGCUCAGCAUCAGAGCGGACAAAACUCUCCAAGACAUAGUUUAUAAGCUUGUUCCGGGGUUAUUCAAAGACGAGAUGAAGCGGAGACGAGAUUUCUACUCGGAGAGUCGUGUGCUGGAGCCAGGCGAAGUGGUGGAGACGUUCAACAUCGCAGAGGACGAAAUCAUCAGUCUGUCCAUACAGUUCUACGAGAGGAACAAAACGAAUGAGAGGCAGCGUGCAGAGGUUGAGGGGGACAAGUCCAACGGUAAACGCUUCCUGCAGUGCCCGGCAGCCAUGUCAGUCAUGCACUUAGCCAAGUUCCUCAGAAGUAAGAUGGACAUACCCAGCAACUACAGGGUAGAAGUGCUGUAUGGAGAUGAGCCUCUCAAAGACUACUACACACUAAUGGAUAUUGCCUACUUCUAUGAGUGGAGACGGACCGGCCCCAUCCCGCUACAGUACUUGGUGAAGCCCACAAGGAAGCGCAGGAGGCCAGCCCAGUCAGCGGCCCAGGGCCACUCCGACGGCGUCAACACCAGCCCGACCUCAGAGAGCGACUCCCAGAGCGACAAAGUCCACAGUCCCUCUUCGGCGCAGCCGCCACGGGCCUCCUCGCAGUCCAGCCCCGCGCCUCACAACCUCUCUCCUGCCAUCCAGAACUCCAACGGUACCACUGUGCCCAGCAACACUCAGCGACACGCCCUCUCCUCCAAACAGGGCGUGUCCUCCGCCCGGAAGCUGACUGUCAAUGGCACAAGCUCGGCGGCCAGCAAGGAGGACGCCAGGGGUGGAGACAAAAGCGGUUUGCCUCCUCCGACCUAAUGUCUGCAUGACAGGAGGGAGGACAGUGUUUGGAUUUGUGCAGAGCAAAAACACUGGAACCUUCUGCCUUUGGGACUUAAGAGGCAGUUUUCACCGUGACAGACUGAAGUGCAGCCAAAUAGAAACUGUGUGUGUGUGUGUGUGUGUGUGUGUGUGCGCGUGCGUGCGUGCCUCAUGUGUGUUAGACUAGAACAGUGCACACAUACAGACUGUACAGUAUGUAUCAAAUGUGACCAUGUGUGCAUACAUAUGUAUAAACUUAUCUUUUAUACAAGACAUUGUAAUCAUUUUGUAUUGUAUAUGCAGUGGUUCGUUCCAUUUCUACUUUUCAUUUGGCUUCUGUAAAAUGGGACAAAAUGCUGUGAAGCAUUGCAGUGCGAGUCAAUGCACGAUUGAAAUAUGAAGAACGAAGGAUCUACUGCUGUACGUGUCCAGGAAAAGCAAUCAUCAGGCACCACUCUCAUGACUGAACUGUUGAUGCACUUUCCACAGUCCCAACCAACAAGUAUUUGUCACUUUUCUAAGCACUACCACGCCCGCUCGCUGGACACCUUCUCUCACGUCCGUCACGAGAACUCCAAAGGGAUUUUCAAUACUUGGCCAUGUUCUUUUAUCAAAUUCAACAUUCCUUUUGUUUGGUCUGUUCCAACAAAAACAAAAUGCUUUGAUCAGCCAUAUGUGCAUGUUUUAGGUCAAUAAAACGUUUACUUAAUAGGUA